AUGCCAAAACAACCAAAGUCCACCAUCUCGAAGCAGUCGCGCCCGAACCCACUCUCUCGCCCCGUCAACAAGCCGACGUUCACUUGCGAUGCCUGCAUGGCAGACUUCAACAACCAAAAUCCCAUCGAAAUCCACGGCGACAGCGUCUGCCGGGAUUGCUUCGACACGGGUAUCAAGCCGCAGUUUGAACAAGCUGCGGCAAGCGAAACGCAGUAUCCGGUCAAAUGGGGCGGCAAAAUCAUUGAGCUGAAUAAGGACAUCCAAAAGUUCUUCAGCAAGAGCUUCCGUGAGACUUGGACUGCGAGGGUCAGAGAGUACGAAACGUCGUCAAAAGAACGUGUCUACUGUGCUGGUUCCGCAAGCAAUACUGAACCAUGCGGCCUCUUCCUCGGCACCAAGGCGAAGCACCGCCUAGCGAAGAAGUGUAAUUGCUGCGGGUACUACAGCUGCGCGGACUGCGAGACCAGCUUCCCUGCUGACCCAAGUGAGCACAUCUGUGCCGAGGCAGCGGACGAGCCAGUUGACGACCCGUUCCAAGGACUUGAAAGAGGCCGAGACUACCAAAGGUGUCCAGUCUGCGACGUUGCAAUUGAGCUUAGAGACGGGUGCAACCACAUGACCUGUUCAAUGGGCAAUUGCAACACCCACUUCUGCUUCCUUUGCGGCGAGCCAGCUACCCGGGACAGCGGACAUUGGACGGUAGGUAGGCCAUGCCCGCUCUACAACCGAGCCGGAGAAGGCAACGCGCAGUACGACCACCAAGCAGCUGCUCCUCCUCCAGCUGAAGAAGUCGCAGUGAUGGAGGCCCUGCUCGUCGAGAUCAACGCAGAGACACAAGGCGUCAUUUCGCACGCUGAUGACCCGCCAGAGCUACGACUGCGACGUCUCGACAGGCGCUGGCUCGAGGAACUCCGCGUGCAGCUCGAGCGAGAACACCAAGAGGCCCAGGAAGCAGGGCAGCAGGAAGCGCCGUACUAUCAAGCCUUGUUGGCUCUCAUUCCAGGUUUGCAGGUCUUGUCCGGCUGGUACACGCUUCAUCUGGAACAAGACGAACGGACUCGUGGGCACAAGCGAACUCUACUUACUGGGGCUGGCCUCCCAUUGGGGACAUUCCUGAUCAUUCUGCCUCCAGGAACAAUGGAUAGGUACCCAAGAGUAAGCGCUAUCAUGCGCAUCGUCCUUGCGGGGCUAGGUGGAGAAGACAUGAAUACGGUCGCUGCUGAGAGAUUGGCUGAGGCUGACGACGACGCAUAA